AUGGAGGUGCCCAAAGCCCGGGGAGCAGGCAGAUCUGGUCCUCGUCGACGGACAGGCUGUUUGACAUGCCGGGCUCGAAAGGUUCGCUGCGAUGAGACAAAGCCAAGCUGUUCAAAUUGCGAUCGUCUACGCCUGCAUUGCGCAUACAAACCACCCAUCGCCCUCGGUAGCCCGUGGUCGGCCUCGUCUCGACUAGCACACGACCCAAACUCGACUGCAGUUACGCAUACGAUUUCACAAGCUGGACCAGCCCCAGCGCUGGGACCGACGUCGGCGGCGGCGGUCGUUGCGGCUGCGUCGCAGCGUUCGCCCGACAUCAACUUCUUUAACACUGUGCUCCGCUCUGAUGAGCAGCAUCGGACAAUGGCCGCGGGGGCAGCGCCAGUGCGACGGCUACCUACAGACCCUGAUUCAUACCCACCGGAAUUAGGAGGUUCAUUUGAUAUGCUUGGAUUUAUGGGAGGGAUUACGUCCGAGUUGGAGCAGAAGCAUCUCGACUUGACGAGUGGAUUGGCCGCUUUCACAACCAGUCAACCCCCGCAAUCGUUGGCAGGCAUCGCAGGAACUGCCUCGGAAGAAGGACAGCUCGUUGGCGAGAGACGCUCACCGUUAAGUCCGGACGGCUCAGCCUCGUUGGUAGAUGGAGUUUCGAUUGGCAGUGCCUCGGACGCUGCGACUACCCGUGGCAGUUGGCCUGAUCCUGGGAGCACCACGUACGAGGAGCAGCUUCUCCAGCACUUCUUGGUGAUCGAUCCUCCUGCGGCGAUAUUUGGGCCGGUGGCAAUGGAGUGGAAAUACGUUCGGCCCUCGAUACUCGCUCAUGCGCGGGACUAUGGCCCACUCUUGAAUGCAUUAUAUUGUUACUCGGAUAUACACAAAGCCAUGAUGGAGGGGAAACGAUGGCGAUGGGCGCCAACAUACUACCGAGUAGCAAGCUCGGAGAUACAAGCGUGUCUCCUUGGAGACGUGACUGAUACAAUGUUAGCCAAGGUCUUUGCGACAGUGUUCUUUUUGAUGUUAUCUGAGGUUUUCUCAUCGCCAGAGCUUUGCGCUCCAGGUACAUCGUAUCUGCAUUCCGCCUAUCUUCUACUGCAAAGAUUCAAUGACCGCACUCAGGCUUGGACUGGACUCGGCCAUUUAUUGGUGUCCUGGGUCUCACUGCUUGAUGUGAAAUCACUUAUUGCAGGCCGCGAGGGCGAUCCAUUGACUGGGCUAGGUCAUAUAUCAGAUCACGAGCCAGUGGGAAGGAUACCAGAGCAACCCCAAGGAGCCGCCUCGCCCGAGGAACGCAAGGAAGACAGCGCCGAUGAUCCCUUCCGUAGCCCGAGCUAUCUCGUCUACGAGGCAAUAGUCGGCCCGGCAUUUCGCUUCUUCGUAAAAGCACAACAGAUAGUGCGACGCAUCGUCUGCAUUGACCUCCAUCACCGCAGUCGUGGCACGCUCGGCGACGAAUUCGAAGUCCUCCAAAUCGCGCACAAAGUGGGAGCAGACCUCGAAACACUCUGGCACCGCCGCCCAUCCGUGAUCGAUGUAUACGGCAAUCCCGAGGCCUUGACCGAUACCCUCUGCGCGCCAGUCGCACUGGAAGUCUGCCGGACUUUCAGGCAAUACAUGGCCACUUUUCUAGCCAACUUCAUCUACCUUCACCGAGUGGCAUUUGCCAUCUAUCCUCGAACUGACCGCGUCAAUGGCGCCGUCGACCAAAUCAUUCAAUUAGCCACGGUUGAGUCUGCAGGUGUGGAAUCAGGACACCUGCCGGUUAGCUUUCUCUGGCCAUUGUUUGUUGCAGGCCUGGAAGGUUCUCCUGAGCAAAGGCACUGGAUUGUCCAAGAGAUGCAACGUAUGGCGCCAACCCCUGAUUCGGAACCUGCUGCCUCCCUUGCAUGUCACCCUUCUGCGGAGAAAGUCAUUGUAUUAUUGGAAGAGAUGUCGAGGAGACAGGAUGUGUCGCGUUCAUGGGCUGACUCGAGGUGUGUGCGGCGGGAGUUGUUUACGGAUUUCUUUUUCAUGAUUUGA